UUGAGCAUCGUAAACAUGGUAAUCAAACAGCUAGAGCACUAUAAAACCUGCUGGAUUAGAGAACCGGACUUUAACAUCUCUCACAGCCGUACUGUUUAUGAUCAUAAAGUCAGCAGAGCAUUAAUAACUCAAUGGCCUGAGUUUUAUGGCUUUAUCUCGACAAACUGAUAGUUUGUUCAGCCGUCCGAGACUCACGCGCGCUUUGAGUUCACUGAAGAAAUCACUUUCCAGAAGAAAUCAGUUUAUUGUUACUAAAGCUUUGUGUUUGUUGGUGAAGUGAGCUGUGAGAAAAUAAGGAUGGCGGUGUCUAAAUCAACGUUAUCGAUCGUUUUUAUUGUUUUGGGAGGUUUGGCGGUUUUAUUCGGGACUGUGCUGGUGUUUGUCGGACCUAUUAUAAUAGACGAUCAAAUCGUGAAGAAUGUAGAGAUUAACCCGAACAAUGGACUCUCCUACACUAUGUGGAAGGACAUCCCAGUUCCCUUCUUUAUGUCUGUAUAUUUCUUUCAUAUUGUCAAUCCUAAAGAAAUCCUAAAAGGAGAAAAGCCUACGGUGGUACAGAGAGGGCCGUAUGUGUAUCGUGAAAAUCGCUGGAAGGACAACAUCACAUUUCAUGACAACAACACCGUAUCGUAUAAGGAAUAUCGGCAGUAUUUCUUUGACGAGAGCAUGUCUGUGGGAAAUGAAUCUGAUGUGGUCACCAUCCCUAACAUGCUAGUGCUGGGUGCAUCAAUAAUGAUGGAGAAAAUGCCCCUUCCUGUACGCUUGCUGCUCAGCACCACGUUCAAGACCUUCAAUGAGGGCCCUUUCUUAACAAAACCGGUUGGAGAACUCAUGUGGGGUUAUGACAGCAAGUUAGUUGACUUCCUGAACACAUACCUCCCCGGCAUGCUCCCAACCAACGGGAAGUUUGGCUUAUUUGCUGAGUUUAACAACUCCAACACUGGACAGUUCACUGUCAAUACUGGUCGAGACGACAUCCGGAAAGUUCAUAUGGUGGACUCUUGGAAUGGCCUGAAAAGCGUGAAUUACUGGAGGUCUGAGCAGUGUAACAUGAUCAACGGUACAGCGGGUCAAAUGUGGCCUCCGUUCAUGACCACAGAGUCGACGAUGCCCUUCUACAGCCCUGAUGCGUGCAGGUCCAUGGAGCUGGUGUACCAAAGGCCAGGCGUGUCGCGUGGGAUUCCCGUGUAUCGCUUCGUGGCCCCGAAGACUCUUUUUGCCAGCGGUGCAGAUUAUCCUCCGAAUGAGGGCUUUUGUCCGUGUCGACAGUCCGGCCUUCUCAACGUCAGCACCUGCAGACACAAUUCCCCUGUGUUCAUCUCCCAUCCACACUUUUUUGAGGCUGAUCCCUUUCUUUUGGGCACAGUUAAUGGGUUGAGCCCAAAUGAAGAUGAACAUGGGCUUUUCAUCGAUAUUCACCCAGAGACCGGAGUGCCGAUGAACGUGUCCAUUCGGCUGCAGCUCAACCUGCUCAUAAAGAGUGUAUUGGGCAUCUCAGAAACAGGAAAGAUAGCUGAAGUGGUUAUGCCCAUGAUCUGGUUUGAAGAGAGCGGUUACAUCGACGGUCCCAUCCUCAACACGUUCCGCACUAAUCUGGUGGUGCUGCCCAUGGUUAUGGAGUACAUGCAGUACAUCUUCAUUGCUCUCGGACUCACAGGCAUUUUGGGAGCCGUGAUAUUAUACGUCACUGACAAGAAAGCCAGGAAAAAGACAUCAGUUUCUCUCACACAAGGGGAAAGCGUAAAAGAUACAAAACACGACCCGACCAAUGAGACGCAGGCUGAAAAAUAUAGCAUGAACGACACAGGUAAAAAGUAGGAUGGUUGGUCAGCCCUGCACAGAUGUGGACCCGUCCAGCUCAGCCAGUGAAAAGACCCCGUUACUACAGACCCCAACAAGCUGAAGUCACUGUCCACAUCACAGCCUACUUUCAUAAUAAACUCACAAUCCCACAAUCCACUGGACAAUACAUAAAACUCAUUUUAUUGAGUGUUGGAGUUGAAUGAAUGGACUGGUUUAAGUACAAACUGUUCAGUGUGCUGAAGGGAUUUGAUGUGGGUUAUGAACUCUGAGUGAGGCCAUUCCCUUCUUUGUGUGUUUUUUGCCCAUUGGUUGGGUCUGAAAUGCUGUGCGGGGUCAAUGUAACCUUUUAAGGGUUAUUUUUUUGACACUUGAAAAUUAAAUACUGGACAAAAUAUACUAGACAAUUUCAUGAUGCAUUCAUAUAUAUAUAUAUAUAUAUAUAUAUA